GAUAUUAAAAUGGCGGAUGUCUCAAGUAAUGACCGAAAAAUAAAGACAUCUAAAAACGGAAAACUUGUAAAGAAACGUUUACGAAAUCCGGAAGGUAACAUUAAGUUUUUUAAAUUCUGUGUAUAUAAUGUUACAGUUUCUUUUACAAGGACUUUUAUGUACUUUAUAAUUAUCAUUUAGUUCAUGUUAAAUUGAUAAAUUUAUGACUCUUACUACCUUUUUUUAAUAUGUAACUUUAAACAAAACAUUUGAAAUGUUUUUAUUAAAUGUAUUCAUUUUUAAAAUCGUUAAACAAAUAAAUCUAAGCAUUCCUCUAGGAAUUUAUUACACAUCUGUAUGGCAUGAAAACAGUUACAAAAAAAAUCACACAAACACCGUUAAAAUUGAAAAUUUUAUCAACUUUCAUUUGAAUAGAUAAAGAAUGGCACAAACAAAAACAGAAACGUUUAAGAAUAGCUGGACUCGAGUAUAUAAAUGCAAAUGGAAAAGUAGUACCACCAAAACAACCUGGACCUGACUGCAAUUGUAGACGAAAAUGUUUCCAAAGGGUUCCAGAAGAUGUCAGGUUAAAAACAUUUCAAGGCUUUUAUUCUAUGAAAACUCAUGACGAACAAAAUGCUUAUCUAUUUGGCUUGAUGAGGCAAGUGGAUGUAAAAAGAAAAAGAGUCAAAACAAGCAGUCGCCGUACAUGUACAUUUGAAUAUUUUGUCAGGGUUAAAGGAAGGGAAACCCAAGUAUGUCAAACAGCUUUUAAAAACAUUCAUGCUAUAACAGAAAGGAAAGUAAGAGUCCUUUGCAAAAAAAUGGAUGACGGUAUUAUGUUUCCUAGUGAUAAUAGAGGUAAAAAUAGCCAUAGGAGAUCAGGUGAAGUUCGACUUCCAAAUGGUGUAAUAGACCAAAUAAAGAGUCACAUUUAUUCCAUUGUGCACACUCAUAGAUUAAAAGAUUUUAUUAGAUUGGAUAAAAUUGCUGGAUUAGAAAUCAAUAUAUCUAAAAUGUGGAAGGACUAUAUUAAGACAUAUGAUCCAGAUAAUAUAUCAGCUACAAUGCCAAAAUCAAAAAGAAACAUGGAAAUAGCUUUACCGAGUGAGCCAAGCCACCAGUCCCUACAGGCACCCACUCAAGAAUCUUUUACCCUGUAUCCUGGCAGUGGUCAACUUGUUAAUAUAGCAGAGAAUUAUUUUCAAAAUCAAUACCAAACCACAGCCUUAACAACAGCAGCAACCCAAACAAAUUUUUAUCAGACUCAGAAUAACACUCAAGGUAUGGGUAUACUCCUACAAUCCACGGUCACGAGACCUGCACAACCUACAACAGCUUUUAUUGUGCUCCAAGCUAAACCAGAACCAAGCCAAGACACAACACUAGCUAUUAGUGACAUCUCAUUUACUCAAAAUUCAGAAAUUAAUGAAGUGAAAAAUGAUUCACAGAAAAAAAUUAAAAAGGAAAGAAAAAAGGGACCACUGGUUAAACAAUGGAGAUACUCCAACAUCUUCCAUGAUGAAAUUAAUGGUGCAGCAUUAGCAGCAAUAAAGACGAGGCUGGGUAUGUAUUAUGCUGAAAGUGAUGCAGUGAGGAAAAAGGCCAAGCAGGCUAGGCCUCAAGAUGCUGUACAGACUACCCAAGUUCAGCCAGAACAAAUUCGACCUACACAUACUGUUACUAUAUACACAUGAACUUUGCUUUAUUUAAUUUUAGCCACCUUAAAGCAUGCGAAAAUUAGAUUAGUCAUAUGUAUACUGCUUAAUAUAACAAUAUUAGCAUUAGUCAUAUGUUAUAUAUCAUUUAUAUCUACAUAUAUGAUUUAUUACUUAGUUUUAAUUAAUUUAUAUGCAUUAUAUCAUUGUCUUGCAAGCAUUUUUAAUCUGCAUUAUAGCAGCAAAUUGUAAGACUUGUCGAGAGAUUUUUUUAAAAAAAGUUUGUUGAGUAUUAUCAUAUUGAUAACAUGCAACCAAUGUAUCUAGGUUAUAGUUAGGGCUUAAUAAUCAUUGAAAUGUAUCAAAAACUGUGGAAAUGCAAUUAUAAGAAUACCACAAUUAUCAUAUGAUGUAAUCAAAAUGUCAUUAUAUUUUUCAGAUCUCAAAAACAUAUACUGUAAGUAUUAAUUUAUUGUUUAAAUAACAGUUUUGUAAGCUCAGAUUUUUGUUAUAAAUGAAUGUUGCAACAAUAAUACACAAAUAGUUUGCAGUAUAAAGU